AUUGGCCUUCAAUUGUAACCACAUGGCAUUCGUUGCCAUUUCACAGCCGUGACCUCUCUCAGUUCCCAGUGCAUGUUUGUCAGCUUAGUGUCUCGUGCUGUGAGGCAAUCUGAACAAAUCUUCAGUCCCACCCGCUUCAUCUCUGUGUACGUAGCCUAUCUCAUUUUCUCUGUUUCUAUAAAAGACAGUGAUUUAGUAACAUGCACUUCCUGAUGUAAUCAGCGGAGACCUUACAGUCAACGAGCAGGCAGGAAUCUCACAGUCACUCCAGAGGAAAGAGCAAGAGAUGGCAGAGAUUGUAAAUGAGACCGAUGGUCAUAUGAUCUCUGAUUAUAAACUAGUCCCUCAUGAGGGCUUCAACUUAAUAUCUGGCAUCCAUUCUCCAGAGGAAGUGGAACAAAUUCAGCACUGGAAGAUUCGAGAAACUGACAUCUUUGUCGUUACAUACCCCAAAUCAGGCACUAUAUGGUUACAGCAAAUCCUCAGUCUAAUAGAGGUCAAGGGGGAUGCCACAGCAAUAAAUGAUCAGCUUACAUCUGAACGCAUUCCAUGGAUUGAAGUGAUGGGCAAUGAGGAAAAGUUUAAUUCUGCCUCCUCCCCAAGGAUCCGCGUGACUCACCUACAGUACAAAUUCAUGCCACUCGGGCUCAAGAAAAAGAAGGGCAAGGUCAUCUAUGUGGCCAGGAAUCCCAAAGAUGUUUUGGUGUCCUACUUUCAUUUUCACAAAUACGCAACCAUGCUGGAGACCCCAAAAGACUUAGACACGUUUUUUGAGAAAUUCAUGGAGGGAAAUGUUUAUGGGAAUUGCUGGUUUGAGCACAUCAAGACAUGGUACUCCCACAAAGAUGAGAUUAACUUUUUGUACGUUACAUAUGAGGAUAUGAUCAAGGAUUUGAGGUCAGUGGUUGAGAAGAUCAGUUUGUUCCUGGGCAAGACCUUGACACCACAGCAAGUAAAUAAAGUUGUAGAGCACAGCACCUUCAAAAAUAUGAAGGACAAUCCUUGCGCCAAUUACAAGAUGAUCCCUAGCAACCUCCUGAACCAACAACAUGGGACAUUUCUGAGAAAAGGAACCAUCGGUGACUGGAAGAACUAUUUCACUGUGGCACAGAAUGAGAGGUUUGACAGACAGUACCAGCAAAAGAUGAAAGACGUUCCACUUUCUUUCAUCUGGGACAUGAGUGAUCUCGUUACAUCUUGAUUUGUGUACCCAGUAGAAGACUUGUCCCAACAUCUGAGAUCUAAAACUCUUUUUGAGUAUAAGUGAAUAACCUUAUCUGAACAAUGAGCCUUUUUAUGAUAUAAAUCAAUAUGCUUCGGUAGAGAGGAAGCAUGGUUUGUUAGUACUUUGUAUAAACCAAAUGAAAAUAUGAAUCUACUGUAAAAAUCGUAAUCUUGUUUGCCUGCUACACUGAAUGUGUUUGCUACAGAUGGAGUUCAGUGUUCGCAAGAUGACUCACUGCUGACAUCUUGUGGAAUAAUUGUGUGUUUUAGAAAUUAAUUAAAGGACCAGUUCAUCCAAAAAUGAAAAUUCUGUCUUAAUUUACUCACCCUGAAGUUGUUCCAUAUCUGUAUAAAUUCGUUUGUUCUGUUAAACAGAGAAAGAUAUUUGGAAGAGUGCUUGUAACUAAACAGUUCUUGGCCACCAUUGACGAACAUUAUAGAAAAAAUGCUUUUUGAAUUUCUUUGUUCUGUUGAACACAAUCUUUUUUAAGAAUGUAGGCAAGCAAACAGUUCUGGGGUACUUAGUAGGACCCCAGUACUGUUUGGUUACAAGCAUUCUUCCAAACAUGUUUUUCUGUGUUCACUGAACAAAAGAAAUGUAUAUAGAUUUUGAGCCAUUUAAGGGUGAAUAAAAGGAAAUAUUUUAAGCUGAAAUGUACAAUAAAGGCUCACUGCAGACAUAACAAAAUGUACCAAAUGAUAAAAGCACCCGACUUUGCUUGAAUACACAGAAAUUGUAUUCGCCUUUUUGUAUUGUUAAUAAAAGUAAAAAAAAAGA